AAAUGUUGUAUCUAAACUUUAUAUUUUUAGGUUUUUAGAUGUUAUGAAAUUUUACAUUUAGAUACAAUAUUUAAAUAUUAAUGCAACAGUCUAAAAAAACAUCUGAGCAUUUGCAUACAGAUACAACAUUUAAUAUCAUAAACAAACAGGCCUAAAAAUGUUUGUUUACAAUUUUUCCUCUCCAGGAAAUUUACAACUCAACUGUAUACGAAACAUCGCAGAGAUAAAUUAGUGAUUGGAUUAUUUGGAAAUUUAAAAAUGUUAUUGUAAAAAAUAUUCGCAAAACUAGUUCGUUUCGUGAUGUUAAUUUGGUUGAAAGAGAAGGAAAAAUGAAGAAUAAAUUAAUAGAUUUUCGAUCUUUCUAGGAACUGCUAGCUCAAGAGUAAAGACGGUUGGUCUUGUCUCAUGUUUUUCUUUGUUCAGCAAUUCGUCUUAAUUGACUAAGUCUACUUUUCGCAAAAAUAAAAUAUCAAAAAGGAAAGAAUCUUGUGAUUAUCCAGAAAAAAGGUCGUAGAAGAAACAAGAAGCUGCCCUAGGUUUCCAAAUCAAAACUAGAAACUCUUAGAAACUUCUCACACACAUAAACACCUCAUAAAUCAUACAAUAAAGUGAAGAAGAUCCAUCUUUAUAAACCCACCAAGUCUUGGAUUUUUCCUUCAAAUUCAGAACAAGAAAACAGAAUCAAGGAGAUUUAUCUGCUUACAGAAAUGGCUUUGGCUCGUUUGGCUUUGAGAAACCUUCAACAAAAGUUGUCUUCUACCUUCAUGUGUCCAAGUGGUUAAAAAUGUUUGGUCGGGAACCGACAUAGCCAGAGUAAGCUUAACAGAUUCAUGGCUAGUUCGAGUGGCGAACAAGAGGAAAAGAAGAGUACAGAAGUUAGUGUGUCUGAGAAGAAGUCCCCUAGACGGAUUUUCCCCAGGAGACGUGGUCGGAAAAGUUUAUGGCGUAACACUGACGAUCAUGACUAUUUUGCUCCCGCACUAAAUGGGAUCUUUCCUCCGAGUCUAGGAAAUGCUCUAAUGCAAGCAACGGAGAACAUAAACAGGAUAUUCGACAGUUUCGACAUUAGACCAUCUCAACUAAUGGGUCAAGUGAAGCAGCAAGACGACUGUUACAAGCUGAGGUACGAGGUUCCAGGGCUAACCAAAGAUGACGUGAAGAUCACGGUAGAUAAUGGAAUCCUAAUGAUUAAAGGAGAACACAAGGCGGAGGAAGAAGAAGGAUCACCUGAAGAAGACGAGCACUGGUCUUCAAGGAGUUAUGGUUACUACAACACGAGCUUGUCUCUGCCUGAUGAUGCUAAGGUUGAGGAAAUCAAGGCGGAACUCAAGAACGGUGUGCUUAAUGUUGUGAUUCCUAGGAUGGAGAAGCCAAAGAAGGAUGUUCAGGAGAUUUCUGUUGAGUAGAGUGACAUAGUGUGGUCUAUGUGAUUUUGCUGUUUCGAUGGAAUAAGGAAUAAAUGUUGUAUCCCUAUAUGUGUUUGUUGUGUGUGAUUAUAAUAAACUAUUUCUGAUUUGGUA